UGUUCAUUAAUUCUGAUUAAUGGCUGUGCUGUCAGCUAUAAAACCGCCGUGUCACUGCUCAGUGAAAGCUGUCAGAGCAUCCUAGCUGCCUUGAAACCUAUUUCAGUCGCUUACUAUUAUGUUAUUGUUAAGUUACACGGCUGUAAGUUUGCCUCCUCUAACAAUUCAGCCCUGUUUCCAAACACAGGGGUGUAACUAAAGCCCUUACCGGCGGUGUGAGCUGCCUAACUGCCUAGCUGAGGACACACCAGGACGGAUACCAUAUCCUACCACACCUCUUCUUCCCCAGGCAGCCUCCUCGACUCUUGGAUACUUGUUCGGGAACUAUUUGGAAGCGGUCAACUUUUUGUUUUAUUCAUUACCUUUUUAAACGGAAUGGAUUUUGAAAAGACCUAACCUGGAUGCUUGGCUGUACGAGUGUUGAUAAGAGCCUGCUGCUGGAGUUUGCCAACUUUUGAGAAGUCUUUCCAGAGGGGGAACUAACUUUAAAAGCCAACAUGGAUCAAGCAAGCGGUGGGGAAGACCCGAAUAAGUCCUCCAAGAAGAAGUCCAACGAGGACGAGGGUAAAAACAAAAAGCUGAACAUACACAUAAAAACAUUGGCUGAUGAUAUGCGCGAUCGUAUCACCAGCUUCAGGAAAACAGGGAUGAAGAAGGAGAAGCCCCUUAUACAGCAUCCAACAGACCCCCUCUCUACCCAGACUGAGCUACCAGUUCCUCAGCCCCUCUUUGACGACCGCUCCAUGAACCUCUCAGAAAAGGAGAUCAUUGACCUCUUCGAGAAGAUGAUGGAGGACAUGAACCUGAAUGAGGAACGCAAAGCCCCUCUGCGUGGGAAGGACUUGAGCACCAAACGUGAGAUGGUGGUCCAGUACAUCUCAGCCACUGCCAAAUCUAUAACUGGGAGCAAAGUUGCGGGUGGACUAAGGAACAGCAAGCAUGAGUGUACACUUUCAUCCCAAGAAUAUGUCCACGAGCUGCGUUCUGGCAUCACAGAAGAAAAGCUGCUCAAUUGCCUGGAGUCCCUCAGAGUGUCUCUCACCAGUAACCCUGUCAGUUGGGUUAACAACUUCGGCCAUGAGGGUCUCGGCCUUCUUCUGGAUGCUUUGGAGAAGCUGCUGGACAAAAAACAGCAAGAGAUUAUUGAUAAACGGAACCAGCAUAAACUCAUCCAGUGCUUGAAGGCUUUCAUGAACAACAAGUAUGGACUGCAAAGGAUCUUGGGAGAUGAGCGGAGCCUGUUGCUGUUGGCACGGGCAAUUGACCCCAAACAGACCAACAUGAUGACCGAGAUUGUCAAAAUUCUCUCAGCUUUCUGUAUUAUUGGAGAGGAAAACAUCCUGGAUAAGAUUCUAGCUGCCAUGACAAUUGCUGCAGAGAGGAACAAUAAAGAGAGAUUUGCUCCAAUUGUGGAAGGACUGGAGAACCACGAAGCCCAGCAGCUCCAGGUUGCCUGCAUGCAGUUGAUCAACGCCCUGGUCACCUCCCCCGAUGACCUCGACUUCCGGAUACAUUUACGCAAUGAGUUCUUGAGAUGUGGCCUGAAGAAGAUCCUACCUGAGCUAAAAGAGACAGAGGAGCUCGACAUCCAGCUCAAGGUGUUCAAUGAGAACAAGGAGGAGGACUCCAUCGAACUCUCCCAUCGCCUGGAUGACAUCCGCGCUGAGAUGGAUGAUAUGAAUGAAGUGUACCAUCUCCUGUCCAAUAUGGUGAAAGACACGGGCUCGGAGGCCUACUUCCUGUCAGUCCUGCAGCACCUUCUGCUCAUCAGGAAUGACUAUUACAUCAGGCCUCAGUAUUACAAGGUGAUAGAGGAGUGCGUGUCUCAGGUGGUCCUGCAUCGCAAUGGGAUGGACCCUGACUUUGGCUACAGUAGACGACUGGACGUGGACUUCACCCAUCUGAUUGAUCAGUGUGUGGAUAAAGCCAAAGUUGAAGAGAGUGAGCAGAAGGCUGCGGAGUUCUCCAAAAAGUUUGAUGAGGAGUUCAGUGCGCGGCAGGAGGCCCAGGCCGAGUCUCAGAAGAAGGAAGAGAGAAUCAAAGAGUUGGAGGGGAAGAUCCAGGCCCUGGAGUCCCAGUUAACUAUUGAAAAAGAAAACCUCAAAGAGGCUCAGAGACUCAUCAGGGAAUCUGAAGCCAAGAUUGCGGCGGGUCCAACUGCGCCUGGAGUACCACCUCCUCCACCCUUACCAGGGGGUGCUGCACCACCACCUCCCCCACCACCCCCUGGUUUUGGGCCCCCACCCCCUCCACCCUUCCCCGGAGGCCUAGGUGGGCCUCCGCCACCUCCUGCAAUGCCUGUCAUCAAGCUGCCUUACGGACUGGAGCCCAAGAAGACCUACAAGCCUGAAACUGUGAUGAAGAGGGUGAACUGGACCAAGAUAGUGCCUCAGGAAAUGGCAGAGAAUUGCUUCUGGAUCAAAGUCAAAGAAGAGAAGUUUGAGAGUCCUGACCUAUUUGCUCAGCUCUCCCUCUGCUUCUCCUCGCAGAGCAAAGUGAGAAAAGAUGUGAAAGAUGAGACGGAUGACAGAAUGCAACAGUUCAAGAAAAAGGCGAAAGAGCUUCGCAUCCUGGACGCCAAAACAGCUCAGAAUCUUUCAAUUUUCUUGGGCUCGUUCCGCCUGCCUUAUGAAGAGAUCCGGGACAUUGUGCUGGAGGUAGACGAGGAAAGACUGAGCGAAUCACUCAUCCAGAACCUGAUAAAGAACCUGCCAGAGCAGAAAGAGCUGAAUGCGCUAGCGGAACUAAAGGGUGAAUAUGAAGAGCUAGUGGAGUCGGAGCAGUUUGGCAUUGUGAUGAGUUCAGUCAAACUCCUACGACCACGUCUCAACGGUAUUCUGUUCAAGCUGACGUUUGAGGAGCAGGUGAACAACAUCCGGCCGGACAUCAUGAAUGUGACGUUUGCCUGCGAGGAGGUGAAGAAGAGCGAAGGCUUCAGCAAACUGCUGGAGUUGGUGUUGCUGGUCGGAAAUUACAUGAAUGCCGGCUCAAGGAAUGCCCAGACCUUUGGUUUCAACGUCAGCUUCCUCUGCAAGCUCCGAGACACAAAAUCCAUCAGUCAGAACACAACACUUCUUCAUUUCCUGGCUGAGAAGUGUGAAGACAAUUACCAAGAGAUUUUGAGGUUUCCAGAUGAACUGGAGCAUGUGGAGAAUGCCAGCAGAGUGUCUGCUGAGAUCUUAAAAAGCAGUUUGACUACCAUGGAACGUCAAAUUCAGAGGCUUGAGAACGACAUCGAGAACUUCCCCAAAACGGACGACCAACAAGAUAAGUUUGUGGAAAAGAUGUCGGGCUUCUCCAAGCAUGCCCGGGAGCAGUAUGAGAAGCUGUCCACGAUGCACAAGAACAUGCAAAAGCUCUACGAGAGCAUUGGCAGCUUUUUUGCCUUUGACCCUCACUCGGUCAGUGUGGAGGAUUUCUUCGGAGAACUGGCCAACUUCCGCAUGCUCUUCAUGGAAGCAGUGAAGGAGAACCACAAGAAGAGGGAGAUGGAGGAGAAGAUCAAGAGAGCCAAGCUGGCGAAGGAGAAAGCAGAGCGCGAGAAGCAGGAGCGCCAGCAGAAGAAGAAGCAGCUGAUUGACAUGAACAAAGAGGGAGAUGAAACCGGCGUGAUGGAUAGCUUAAUGGAAGCUCUACAGUCUGGAGCAGCCUUCCGUGAUCGGCGAAAACGGACACCACGCAACGGUGAUCAAAGCCCUUCCAGUCCAUCCUCUCGGUGGCCGGGUGCUAACUAUGGUAACAGAACUCUAGACAACCGCCGCGCAGUCCUGGAAAGGUCUCGUUCACGCCACAACGCAAAUCACCAAGCUCGAUGAUCGCCCGCGCCUACCACAAGACGCUAGAUAAGUGCCAAAGAGGCCUGCUGGGUGGAGACCUGGAAGACAUCUGAAGGAGGGACGGACCACCCCUGACUGUAGCGCGCUCACACACAUAAAAAGCACUCACUCAUAUACACACACACACACACACAGCACCAAGUACGAAACAAAACAACCUAAAGAAUCCACACAGAACUGAAGCAUCUACAGUACAUCACACAGAGACAUUGAAUUUUCAAGCUGGUCAUCUGACGCCUUACAUAUUUAUUCAACACUUUCUCAUCACUCCAAAUGUUCACGUUCUCUCUCCAUGGUUUUGAUUUACAAAAAGAGAAGGAAAAAAAAUCAAAUUUUUAAGGCUGCUGCUGUUUUUAAAGAACGCUUUUCUUUGCUUGGAAAUCCAUUUUGAUUCUUGCGAGUCUGAGGCUUCUACUAAUCCUUUAUAAAAAUCAAAAUACUGAAGUUCACACACAGUUUUGACAUGAAACAUGCAGUGUUUUGAAAAUAGACGUUAUGCCGAGAAGGACUGCACCAUAGUGUACGCUUCAUCGUGCUGAAAAACAUACCACACACAUACCGCAUUCAGCACAGGGGCAGCGGGCCAGCUGUCCUUUAAAUGCAAGACGGGGAUUCAACGCUCACGUUGGCAAGCCAACAACCUGCCGACGCUUUCUUCAACAAGUCACUGAACUCUUCACGGAAGAGGGAGUGGUUGCUGAGCAUGUUUUUUUUUUUUUCAACCAACGUGAAGACAGUUUUUACUUUACAAAGAGUCCACAUGAAUCAUUUCAUUUCAUUACAUAUCCCACAAAGCCACAAAGAGCCGGCCCCCUGUCUGCACCGAUAUUUCAGAGCAUGUGACUCAUGGAUCCUGAAACUGUAAUCUCCAUUUUGACAGGAUGCAUUUUAUUUUUAGUUGUGUAAUAUCUAAGCGAUGCCUCCGGGUGCUGAUCUCUGUCCCAAGGUCGCUUUUGCCGUUAACAUAAGAGACUGACACAUUUCUAAAUGCAUAUAACUGCCGAGAGGAGCGAACACGACCCUUUGACCUUUCCUGCGGUCGCACAGGUUUCCAGUGGGGGAAGCUUGGCUGUACAGAGGUAUUACAAUGUUUUCAAUAUUAAUCUGUGUAUUUUGUUUUUUAAAUAUGAAGGCUCUGAAAAGAUGUCCAAAUGUUACUUGUGUUGGAGACCAAGGGUGAAAACUCUACUCCCCCCCCCCCCCCCC